UCCGUCAACGAUAAUAUUGGUUUCGAUUGCAGUUAUCAUGAGGAAUAUCUGACGGCGUCCACGAAGAGUCCUUGGGCCAGCCACUGUGCCGUUAUUACGGGCCUCAUCAGAAUUGGCUCGCGUUCGCAUUUGACAGAACAACAACUUGAGAAAUUAUUCGAAAAUAUCACCACCGUGAAGGGAGGUAUUUUAGUCGAAGGAACAAAUUUGAGGCGUUUGAGUUUCCUCAAGAACGUCGUCAAGAUCGUCACCUAUCACACGACAUAUGUCCUCGAGAUUACCGAUAAUGCAUUCCUUACGCAACUGAACCUCGACAAAUUCAACUCAUCUGAUGGAAUAGUACGAAUUCAACGGAAUCCUUUACUCAAUAUGAGCAGUUUAUGCAAUCGCUUGGAUAAGAUUCUCGAUGGAAAUUGGCAGGUGUCGAGAAACAAAGUGAAUUGCGGCGGCUACCAUUUGGACUUUCCGCUAACAUUCACGUCUAUUUUGAAUGUACCACCAAAUUUGAACUGUUAUUCAAGGAGACGAAUCCCACCAGAACGACUUGCCGUUCUUUCAUCUGUGAAGAAAAUCGCUGGAUGUUUGAUAAUACAGCGCACAAACCUUGAAACUCUUUCAUUCCUUGGAAAUCUGGAGGAAAUUAGUUGUCGAAUCUUUACAUCAAUAACUUACCUGAACUAUCUUGGAUUAUCGAAGCUGACCAAAAUCAGUACUAUCGUGCCUAUAGAAGCCAUGGGCAAUAGAAUUCUGGAGAUCACGUACGAUGAAAUUGAGGUGCUGGUGUCUACUGAUGUGCCAACUAUCCAGUUCAGCGGGAUUUUUCCAACAGACGAUUUGCCGUGGGAUAUUUGCGUUUUCAAUUCACUGACAGACGACUUGAUCAUGCUCAGUUUGAACUGCACGAGCCUAAUUGGUCUCCUCUAUUAUGAAAAUCGAUCAUUUUCGAGGUUGGAAGUGGAGAUUCUGGGGAGGAUGCGCAACAUUUACGGCAAUGUCGAGCUAGUGAAUGUGAACAUCACUGAUUUGUCCAUCUUCUCAGCUUUGGAGAGAAUUAUUUCGCUUAAC